UAGACAUGACGCGAGCGCGUCCGAGACUCAUCAGAUCUCCGCGAUGCGGGACGAGGCUCCGGUGUGUUCGGUAACGGGUCUGAGGAGCGGUCACGCGUCGGUCCGUCCAUGAGAAGCUCCGCGGCGGCGCUGUUUGCGUGUGUUCUCGCGGUUCUGCUCCACUGGCUCGGCUGGACCGACAGAACCGCGCUGCUGUCGGGCUUCAGUUCUGCAGACAAGCAGAAGGCUGUGCAUGAGGUGUUGGUGGGCGUUUUGUCGGCUCGGCAUCAUUAUGAGCUCCGGCAGGCCAUCAGAGACACAUGGCUGGGCUACAUCACACAUCACCCGCACUUCAGCACACGGGUGAUGGUGAAGUUCAUCGUGGGCGAACAUGGCUGUGCUGUCGCUCCAGAGGAUCGUGAAGACCCGUAUUCCUGCACACUUCUGAACCUCACAGAGACCGCUGGUGUGUUUUCAGUGUCGGAUGAGGAGAUGUCCAUCUUGAGUGUCCCUGAGGGCUCAGCGCUGGUGCCGUGUGACGUCUCUGUGCUCAGUCUGGACUUCAAGGUCCUUCACUCGGUGGUCAUCACUCAGCUGGGCGUCUUUCCCAACGGCCCGAGACACGAGUUCACUGGGAACGUCACCGUCCGGCUGCUCCAGGUGGACCAAGAGGAGGCGGUGGUGAGCGCUCGCUUCAGCACACUGAGUCCAGGAUCACGUGUGGGUGGGAUGUUUUACAAGCCCGUGGAGCAGUUCAUUCUCCCCAAGGGCUUCGAGGGAACGCUCCUGUGGGAAGCUCAAGAUUCGUCCGGUCUGAUGUCGGUCAACACUUCGGCGGUGCGUCUGAAUAACGGCGGAGGCGUUCUCAAGUUUGGAUCUGUUGAAGAUGGCACGUUGCCUCACAGGAGCGCUCUGGGCUUCCCGGGUCUGGCCGGAGGAUUCAUGUUUUCAGUGUACGAUGUGGAGGUGUUGUCUGAGCUGUUGCGUGGGCGAGCUGGACGGCAGCGGCGUCGAGCGGAUGAGCUGAAGCUGGAGGACGAAGCGCUGCGGGACGAGAGCCUCAGACACGGAGAUAUGGUGUUCGUGGACGUGGUGGACACCUACAGGAACGUGCCUUUAAAACUGCUGCAGUUUUAUAAGUGGUCGGUGGGAAACGCUGACUUCAAGCUGCUUCUCAAGACUGAUGAUGAUUGUUAUAUCGACGUGGACGCCGUCCUGCUGAAGACGGAGCGCCUCACACACACCAUCACACACACCGGCCUGUGGUGGGGCAAUUUCCGGCAGAACUGGGCUGUGGAUCGAGUGGGGAAGUGGCAGGAACUGGAGUAUGCGAGUCCUGCGUAUCCGGCCUUCGCCUGCGGAUCGGGAUAUGUGGCGUCCCGGGAUCUGGUGGAGUGGCUGGCCAGCAACGCACAGCAUCUGAAAGCGUACCAGGGAGAAGAUGUGAGCAUGGGCAUCUGGAUGGCAGCGGUGGGACCUCGCAAAUAUCAGGAUUCAGGCUGGCUGUGUGAGAAGGAGUGUUUUGUGGACAUGUUGUCGUCCCCGCAGCAUUCGGCUCAGGAGCUGCGAUCGCUUUGGGAACGGAGGAGGAAGUGUGGCGAUCCCUGCGGAUGUGCCUGAACACACUCUUCUCUUCAUAACGUUCACUUGUCCUUUUCUGUUGUUGGUCACCGGCUGGCUUUGAGGAUCCACCAGAAGACGUGACGUACAUACAGGGUUUGUGAAUCGUCAGGGCAUCUUUCCUGCCUUCUUUAUCGCUGCGAGUUCCCAAACACACAAACCCUUUUCACUGCUUUUAGCUGAGCUGGACGCCAAAAUUGUCACAUUGAAAUGUUCAUUUAUGAACAAUAAAAACAUUGCAACAGGUUGUAAAUGUGUUUGUGGGAUGACGAAUCAGCGUAGAGCAAGGCGAGACAUGUCUGGUGAUCAGGCAAGGCAAGUUUAUUUUUAGCAUGUGCCAUACACAGUGCGAAUUCAAAGUGCUUUACAUAGAAGAAAUUUAAAUAAUCAAAAGAAAUAAGAAUAAUUAAAAGCAAUAUAAAAUGCGGUAAAAACAGUCAUGCACUGUGUUAGUAAAUGUAGAAAUUAACAAAUGGAUAUCUUCAUACUUACUUGCAUUUAAGAACUGCAUAUUACACGUUUUCUGAAAUGUUAUGUAAAUGAUGCGUUAUGUAAUAAACCAUUUCCAGAAAUCUGAA